AUGGACGGCGGUGGCGGCGGGUUCAUGGAGCCGCCGGCGUCCGAUUCGGCCGACGCGCACUGCCACGCGCUGCUCUACAACCUGUCCUUGCUCAGGGACAAGGUGCAGCAGCUGCAGCCGCUCGUCGGCCUCGCGAUGGAGCACGAUGGACCCGGCGGACCCGUCGCCGCCGUGUCCGCGCCCGCCGGCGCCGUGAUCCAGGAGAUCAUCACCGCCGCCUCCUCGAUGAUGUACGCCUUCCAGCAGCUUUGCAGCCACGGUGCACAAUCCUCUACCACCGCUAACGCGGCGACGGGGGUUAGCAGUAUCGCCGCCGCCGUUGGCCAUGCCAAGAACGGCAUAGCGGAUACUGCCUGCGGCGACCACCACCAGGCCGCCUUCGCCAUGGACCAUCAUACAUCAGCCGUCGUCAUUGCGGCGGCCGUGCCAUCAUCGUCGUCGCAGCCCACGACGAGUGCGGCCAUGGCCGAGGAGGAGGCCGCCGGCACGAGCACGAUCAUAGAGCUGGACGCGGCGGAGCUGCUGGCCAAGUACACGCACUACUGCCAGGUGUGCGGCAAGGGGUUCAAGCGCGACGCCAACCUGCGGAUGCACAUGCGCGCGCACGGCGACGAGUACAAGAGCAGCGCGGCGCUGGCGAACCCGGCCAAGGCCGGCGGGGGAGGAGACGCCACUGCGGCGGCGGCGACGGCGAGAACCAGAAGGUCCUACUACUCGUGCCCGCAGGAGGGGUGCCGGUGGAACCGGAAGCACGCCAAGUUCCAGCCGCUCAAGUCGGUGAUCUGCGCCAAGAACCACUACAAGCGCAGCUACUGCCCCAAGAUGUACGUCUGCAACCGCUGCAACCGCAAGCACUUCUCCAUGCUCUCCGACCUCCGCACGCACGAGAAGCACUGCGGCGACCACCGCUGGGUCUGCUCCUGCGGCACCUCCUUCUCCCGCAAGGACAAGCUCAUCGGCCACCUCGCGCUCUUUGCAGGCCACCAGGCCGCCGUGCCGCUCGACAGGCAAGCCAACGGCAAGAGAUCGCUGUCGUCGACAUCCACCACGCACUUCGGUACGUAA